AUGGACAGUCAGUUAGAGCUGGAUGUUUUAAUAUUUCCAGAUGAGGUGAGAGUUGCUACACCAGAGGACCUGCGAGAAUGGGAGCUGGAGACGGCCAGCCAGGUCUCGAUCCCAACUGUUCGUCUGUUUGUGGCACUAUACCCAUACAACCCUGCGGCAAUGUCCCCAAACCAUGAGGCUGCUGCAGAGGAGCUACCAUUUGUCCCAGGGCAGAUCAUCAAGGUUUUUGGUGAUAAAGACUCUGAUGGUUUCUAUCGUGGUGAGUCUGGGGGCCUCUCUGGAUUUGUGCCCAGUAACAUGGUGGCUGAAGUGCCAGUAGAUGAUGACUACCUGAAGCACCUCCUCCUGCAGCAGGGGUUCAUUCCUGUCGACCAUGCAGGUAUGGCAUUGACUCCUGACCUUAGCAGUAGUGUGGUGAGUGUUCCUGAAGACUUGGUGGUGCGCAGAAUGGUGGCCUUAUUUGACUAUGAUCCUUGGGAAAGUUCGCCGAAUAUUGACAGUGAAGAAGAACUAGGCUUUCGAUCAGGGGACAUCAUUUAUGUGUUGGGGGAAAUGGAUCAAGAUGGUUUCUACUAUGGUGAUCUACAUGGAAGAAGAGGUUUGGUCCCAUCCAACUACCUACAGCCACUGCCAUGGGAUUAGAGAUCCUCAUUUUAGGUGAAGUGCUAUUUGGGCCAAGUCUUUUUUUAUAUUUGUACUUAAGAGAUAGGUGAAUGCCAAAUACAGAGCAUCUUAUCAAUGUAAUUCAUAGAGACAUUUACAUAAACUAUAAAGCAAAGUGAUUAGUUGGAAAAUACUUUGUACAACUGAUGUAAUGGACAUUGGCCUUAAAUGUACACUCAAACCAGAGUGUAUAUAUUUAGUACUCUCAUGUUUGCCUUAUGCUCUGUUUGGACUGUUUUUAUAUAAAACUUUAAAAAUUACAAAACACAAUAAAGAGAAACAUUGUAUUGUACCAUUUUUAAUUGCUGGAGUAAAGCAUAGGCUACAUCAUUUCAGAGUAUAAAUUGCAUGUAUUUUUCUAUUGCUGAAAUUAUAACAUAAGCAAAAACAGGAAUUUGACAACAUUCUUUAAAAAUACCAUACAUGUCAGUUACUUAUUAUAAAUAAAUUCACUUAGGUCUUCAGUCCACUGCCGCCAACAGUCCACUCAUCCAUAAAGUAGGAAACACUACACAUUGCAGAGGAGUUUAGUAGUGCUUUCUACUUUAUGGGUGACAACACUGUACAUCUGUAGCUUCUGGAUGCUCCACGUGCACAUUUAGACAAAGUACAUUGUUUCUGAUUACAUCCUUAAUAUUCAACCUUGCAUCAAUAUUUCAAGCAUGGUAGAGAUAUUAUAAGUUAACCACACAAAUAGCAAAAUGAAUAUAUGAGCAGCAUGUUUUUUGGUCUUACCUGUUUGAACAGAGGCAGAAAAAGAAAAACCCAGAAGUGAGCGUGAUCUUAUAUUAGCUCAGCCUCAGACAGGAAGCUUAAAAAAAAUGCACAUGCAAAAUUUACGGAGAUGUGAACUCCCACACACAACGAGGCCUUUAGCAACAAAGGAUAUCAAAUGCACACGUAUAGACCUAUAGAUUUUACUAUAGGCCUACUAUAUAAGAGAAAUAUGUAGCACUAGCUUUGCAUAUUAAAUAUAAGAAGACUAAAUAACAUAAUGAUGCUAUGUAAUGCAGGAGUAGUCCAUUAAAUUCAUUGGAGUAAUCCAACAAGCAGUAAUAACAGAAAAUAACUAAUGUGAAUUAAAAUGUCUGCAAAUACUUAUCAACUUUUGAUUCAAAAUAAUAGGCCUAAUUUGAGUAAUACAUUUGUGUCCAUACAAUUUUAGUUUUGAUGUAAAAUAUGUGUUUUUUAUUUUUGAAAAGUGGCUAUGGGAGUUUUUUUAACUAAACAUGUUAAUAAUAACAAUAACUGCAAUUUGUCACAGGGAAUAGGUGAAAACAACAAUUUAAGAUUUUUUAAGCUCUUGCGCCUCAAAUGUAGGAUAAUGCAAAAUUACUACUACAUGCAUGAAUCAAUUGUAAUACAACUCUGAGUUAACUAAUAAUGAGGGAACACAGUUUAAAUUGAAGUUCUUUUUCAUUACAAUAUGUCUCUGUUAAUAAACUGGAGUGAGGUUGAUGUUUCUGAGAAGUGCUUCCCGUCUGAGCUCGAGCUGAGGUGUGGGUGGGGGGUGGGGUGCAAAAGCAGUUCCCCAUCCUGCAGCAGCAAGUGUGCAAGGCGUGAAACAGAAAACAGCUCACAAUUCAACAUUAUAAUGUAAGACCCAAACCUCAGAGUCACACCUAAACACAAGAGGAAAUGGGGGAUGGGCUGCAAACAAAUAUGAAAAGUACAAAUUUUAAGUAAAUAUAUAUGGUUCAGUGAAAGACAAACCAACCAUACAAGACAGUUGGGUAGCAAAGACUAUUGAUGUUUUAGUCUGUUUUAUUUAAAUGUAAAUAAAAUGCUCAAUGUACUCAAUAUGUCUAGAAUGUAUUCUUGAGAAUGGUUCUCUACAACAGUUAAUCAUAUAAAAUCCAAAAUGGAGCUGAACUCUAUAGGUUCAAAUUUUCAGACACUAAAAGUUUUCACUAGACAUUCUCAAAGUUCUUGGCACAUGGAAGCAGACGGGCUGUACCGUAGGCGAGCAUGACUUUGCACCCUGCAGAUUAGCACAGAACAGUUGCUCUAACCUCAGACACUUAUUCCUGUGGAACAUGGGAUUAUACCUAAAGGGAUCCCUGUAGUGCUUAGAGGGGUAUAGAUAGCAUUACAUGGCCAAAACAAGAGCCAGGUCUAAUGACAUUUCAUCUUUACCUUUAACAGUGUGAGCUCAGACCUAAUUCAAUUAUCUCUUACCAUUCUUUAACCCAGAUGUGUGCCACCAGAUUCUGGGCCCUGGGUAUAAAUCAUCUUGGUGAGCUUGUAUUACAUGUUGUCUAAUGAAAAAUGCACAUUACAGACUUUGUAAAGGGCCCCUCCUGGCACUGGCCCUAGGUAAACAGGGGUGUCCCUGUUCAACACCCCUGGUGCAAUGUAAACUGACAGUUACUCAAAGUCUACGGCAUAUCCCGCCAAAAACUUUGAGUCACAUGUGACCCCAAACUAAAAUAUCAAGGAAGAGGUGAAGAGUUACAUGUACUCACAUUUAGAAUCCUUUUUAUUAAAAGAUGAGUAGUUUUCAGACACCAUAGCGUAUUUAUUUAUUUAUUUAUUUUUUAUUUUUUUACUGUG